AUGAGUCAACUCAGUGUGGUCUUGCAGGAAUCGCUACAGAGGGAGCCCAGGACCAUUCUCGGCUUGCUCAGGGACCAGAUGGACGGUGUAGAUGCUGGGACCCGCAGGAGGAGGACCUUCAAGGAACGCUUCGGGUUCAUCGGAAUGGGCUGUUGUGGGGCCGCAUGGGGCUUCCGUUCUCACGAGUUAAGUUUCGCCAACGAAGAGCAACAACAGCAGCAGCAACCGAACCACCAGGAAACGGAUCCGGGUCUGAACUGCGUGGGACCCUCUGCGGCUGGUUCGGGUAUGAAUCUGGCUGCGGCACUCGCGGCUGAGCGGCAAAUACGGGGGCCGCAGGAGGAGGCGGGGAGGGCGCCGGGGACGCCGUGGAGGGUGUCGCUGAUGAGACUGCUGGAGGAGAGCGAAGGAGGGGAGUCCGCGGCGGUGGAGAAGGAAAAGGAGGAGGAGAAGGGUGGCGUUGUGGGGAAUGAUUCGGUGUGCUGCGUGUGCAUGGGAAGAAAGAAAGGCGCGGCGUUCAUCCCAUGUGGUCACACUUUUUGCAGGGUGUGUUCGAGGGAAGUGUGGCUUAAUCGAGGCUCUUGUCCUCUCUGCAAUCGCUCCAUCCUCGAGAUUCUCGAUAUUUUCUAA